UUGGGUUAAAACUCUCCCACUUUUGUGAACGAUUUUCAUCUUUCACUCGCACAUAUCACAGUGAUUCAUUGGGACGCGUUGACAAAUUUCCAUAAUGAAAUUCUUAAAGCAUAUGACCAUUUUCUCACUGGUAGUUUUGCUACUAGUCGGUCACGCCUUAUCUCAAACUACGGAGGAACCACCAGAAACAGAACCCACCCUUGGCCCCACAGAUGUAACAACCGAACAACCAGAAACCGAACCAACGGAACCACCAGAAACAGAGCCCACAGUUGGACCAACAAAUUCAACGCCUAGCCCCACAGAGGAACCCACGGAAGCCACCACGGAGGAGACUACAGAGCCCACCACCGAAGAACCAACGACUACUCAACCCCCUCCGUCGACUACGACCACCGCACCCACAACGACUAAUUUUCCAACAACAACCAACCCCAUAACAACGACAGAAUCUCUUUGUAAUCACACCGCACCGGAUAACAUUGAUUGUCCGAUCGACGCCCCUGAAGGCAUCCCAACUUAUUUGCCAUAUCCAUACGAUUGUACCCGGUUUAUUGUUUGCACGAACGGAGAGCCGGAGGCUGAGUGCUGCCCGGUCGGGACUAGAUGGGAUCAAGACCUUACGACGUGUAAUCACCAGGACGCUAUUGAUUGCGUCAUCGUGACCACGCCUAUCCCUACCACCACUACGACAACUACUACCACAACCACAACGACUACAACCACAACAACUACGACCACUACAACCACGGAACCACCCACCACCACAGAUAAUCCGGAAACUUGGAUUUGUCCAGAUGGAUUUGAAGGACCUGUCGGCCAUCCGUAUAAUUGUUCAUUCUAUUACAUAUGCGAUGACAUUGAUCGGCCUUGCCUUCUUCUUUGUCCGGACGGUUUUUAUUUCAACCCGCAAAAGGGUGAAUGUGAUUGGCCUUUUGAAGUCCCUGAGUGUCAGGGCGGCACACCGCCACCUGUCACAAGAAACUACAGGAACAUGAAACGCGUUCACACAAAUCCUUUGUCCAUGCACAUUGCUCCUGUCCAAGAGGAGUGCUUAAAUCGAGAAUUUGACUACUGGUCUUAUUCAUAAGACUAUAAUUGCUCAUUAGAUUUUUGUACUAUGUAAAUAGUUUGUCAUAUUUUUAUUCCUAGCCAAAUAAAUGAAUAUUGAAAUUAAGAUCACAAA